AUGGAAUUGUGGGUUUGGAUAAUAAUUGGAGUGAUAGGAGGAUCAUUGGUUUUUGGACUUCUUUGCUAUUUUUACAUGAAAAAUAAAAGUAAAAUUCUUAAACAAGAUUUAUUCGAUGGUGAAGCAUAUUGCUAUGUGAUUCAAAAAAUAAAAAAAGGAAGUUACUUGGGUAAGAGGAAAACUUAUCCAGGAUUAGAAUUCACAAAAAAGCUAAUAACUCAAAAACAUAUAAACGAGCUACAUAAUUUUUACUGUUCAGAAGACAUUCGAGUUAAGGAUAUGGCAAUAAUCCGUUAAUGCUUUAAGAAUCUCGCUAAUAAAGGCAUUGAGGUUCCAGAGCUUGAGGAGGAGAGCAGUGCUAACUUAAAACACAAUGACGAUGAUUACGAAGAUGAAGAAGAACAGGAGGUUUAAAGUUAAGGGCCAAAAUAUAAAAGUGAAAUAAAAAAGAAAAGUGACAUUAGUGAUAGCAAUAUGCCAGAUAAAUCAUUUCAUUUUAAUGAAAGCUAAAGAAUGACUUUUAAAACAGGAAGCAAAGUAACCAUGGAGAUUUUGCCUCCUGUAGAAGAAAAGAGAAUGAUCAUAGCUAAAUAAUAAGUAGCAAGCUUUUCAUUGAAAAAAAGAAGAGCUAAGAAAUAGCAACAAUUACAAGAAGCAUUGGAUGAAAAUAAUGAGAUAAGAUAAAAAAACAAGGAGGAUGAAGAUUUCUCUGACAUCUCUAUCCUCUAGCUUCCAAAACCAGCAUCUCAUUUUAAGUGCAUUUGGUAAAGAAUGCAAGAAACACAGGUUAGUCUAGCAUGA